AUGGCUCCUACUGUUUAUGGACAGAGUCAUUUCUCCAAAGAGGCUUCAGCUCACAAGCUGAGGAAGCCAAUGGUGGAGAAGCUGCGGCGAGACCGCAUCAACACCUGCAUCGAGCAGCUCAAGUCCCUGCUGGGCCCUGAGUUUCUCAGACAGCAGCCCGACUCUAAGCAGGAGAAAGCUGACAUCCUGGAAAUGGCCGUUUGCUACCUCAAGAGCUGGCAGCAGCAGCAGCGGCGUUGGCCUUCAUCCGACGGCUACGCACACUGCGUUCACCGAGCCGUCAGCUUCCUGUCCCAUGUCAAGGUCCAGAGCCAGGCCCAGAGGCAGCUGCUCGGACACUUCCGGGAGCUGCGAGCGUCCGGCGGGACAGCUCCGGGCAGCUCGUCCCCCCCGGGCUCGCCGCUCAGCAAUGUUAAGGGCUGCAGCCUGGCAGGCGCCGUCCUGUGGAGGCCCUGGUAG